CAUUCUAUAGAGGCAUUGGGAUGUAUUAUCAAUGUGAAAAUCUGUAUAAAAGUUCCAUCAAAUAGAAUUUCCAGCACUGUUAGUUAUGCACAAUUAUUAAUUUUAAUAAUAAUAAUAAUAACCGAUUUAUAGAGCAGUUUCCAGACAGACGAUAGAAUUCAAAGUCAUUUACAAUGGGAUAAUGUGCAAACAUGAAAAUUAAUAAAAGAUAAAAAGAUGUUGGUUAAAAGCAAGGUUAAAUAAAUAGGUUUUGAUCUGAUGUUUAAAAGUAUUGACUGAGCCUGCAUCCCUUAUAGUUUUAGAUGUUGAAUUCCACAGUUUGGGGCGCAGUUCAGAAAAGCUGACAUGCCAAUUAUCUUUUGAGGGAGAUUGUUUAAAUUUAAGAGACUAGUGGAAGAAGACCAGAGAGCUCGAGCAGGAUUAUAAAACAAAAGUGAUUCUGUGAUGUACGGUACUCCAGUCCCAGACCAAUGAGAGCUUUAAAAACAAGUAAAUUAAUUUUUGAAAUCAAUUCUAAAAGACGCAGGAAGCCAAUGUGGAUUAGCUAACAGGACUGAGAUGUUCCCUCAUCUAAAUAAAGUGAGUUAGAAUAAUUUCAGCGUUUUAUGUUGAAUGUGAUACUCAAAGUUUCCGCGCACUCUGAGACCCGCUAGCAGACGAGCCUCACUGGUCCUGCCUCUCCGGGACUCAUUGCCAAAUCACAUAGCCCCCGUCAGUUUGGCGCUGACCGUGAGAAAUCCAAGUUACAGUUUGAACCGGGGAGCACACAGAGAAAAAGCAAAGAUAUGUCGGGCAUUCUCCGUGGACUGUUUGGCUGCCGUUUGUCGGUGAUGCAGACCUUAAUGCAAAAGGCGAAUAUUCACGUAAAACCGCCAAAAGAGAAAAUCGGCCCUUUGAAGACAGUUCUGUGCCUGUCGGUGUUCGCAUUGAGCCUGCUUGGACCAGCGGGUUGGAUUCUGCAUCAUCUGCCGGAAUACCGCAAAAGAAAUUAAAGGGAACAGAGAGGGUUUGUGGUCGACUGCAUUCAGACCCCGGUUAUAUUUAGAAUCUGAGGUUGAAAGAACAUUACGGGGACAACAAUGUGCUCUCUGUUGCUGUAGUCUUUAUCCCAGCUGUCUCCCAUGCCUUGCAACUCGGGGAAGCGUUCCUUCUGUUUCUGCAUGUUAAAUAAAAACAUCCGCCAAGAGUUA